AUGGGUUCGGAGCUUUCUGGCUCCCGGACCUUGCCCCCUGCCGCGCUGUGGCUGCAGCGUUCUUGCAAGAACCCGGGAGGCUGCCGGCGCGGGACUCCGGGGCACUGCCUCCUGGCGGGGCACAAUACACCUGGCCUCUGGGCGACCCCAGGAAAGGUGGCAAGUUUCCCCGGAGAGCUGGGUGGGUGGGGGGUACAGGAAGCCGCCCUGCAGCUUGGCCCCACCUUGCCCCCCACAGCUGAGAAAGUGAGCUCCUUGGGCAAAAACUGGCACCCCUUCUGCCUGAAAUGUGACCACUGCCACAGUGUCCUGUCCCCCGGCGGGCACGCGGAGCACAAUGGGAGGCCAUAUUGCCACAAGCCAUGCUACGGGGCUCUCUUCGGACCCAGGGGGGCAAACAUUGGCGGUGUGGACUCCUACUGCUACAACCCCCCGACCCCCACCCCUGCCAGCACCACUCCCCUCAGCCCCAGCAGCUUCAGCCCCCCCAGACCCAGGACUGGCCUCCCCCAGGGCAAGAAAAGCCCUCCCCACCUGAAGACCUUCACUGGGGAGACUUUGCUGUGCCCUGGCUGCGGGGAGCCUGUCUAUUUUGCUGAGAAGGUGAUGUCUUUGGGCAGAAAUUGGCACCGGCCUUGUCUGAGGUGCCAGCGCUGCCGGAAGACACUGACACCUGGGAGUCACGCCGAGCAUGACGGCGUCCCCUACUGCCACAUUCCCUGCUACGGCUACCUGUUUGGCCCCAAAGGUGUGAACAUUGGCGAUGUGGGCUGCUACAUCUAUGACCCAGCAGAGAGACAGCCCAAGUGAGGCCCUCACAGGAGAGACCACUCCAGCUCAGGCCGCCCACCACCCCUCUCCAUAGUGCAGGGAGGCUGUGGGAGUCCCGUGGUGGUGGUGGGGCGGUGGCCUGGGUCUCGACUCCCUGGGUAGAGCAGGUUUGGACUGAGUGCCUGGCUUUUCGCUGCCAGCUCUUCCCUUCCCCAUCCCUCGCUUCGCUGUCUGCUCAUGGGUCCUAGGCCACCCCUUUCCAAGAGUGCCCUCCUCGCCCAUCUCUUCCCCCUGGCACAUUCUGGAGCUUUUCGGCCCUCAUAAAACCAUGUUUAUUGAA